CUCUGGUCUCCCGGCCCCGCCGCGCCCCUCGGCUCCCCUCGCCGCCUUCCGCUUCUCCUCCUCGGGAUUAGGAUAAGUAUUAUGAUUAUUAGGUGUCGUCUUUCAGCCGCUUUUUCUAUGGCAAGCAAAGGGAGUCGGGCCGCGGUGGCGUUGAGCAACUUUGACGAACGGGAUACCUUUAGAGAAUCCUGAUCACGCUGCCGGCAUCCUGACAUACUUGAAUCAAGACAGGGGCAGAGUUCAUUCGUCUCAACCUUUUCGCUACAGCAGACUCCGGGGCAGCUUUCCUUGCUGCUCGUCGGCCUUCAUCUCCUCCAUAAAACCGGUGCCAAGUGAAUAAAAUGGUUGGAUUCAAGCCCACGGAUGUCCCUCCAACAGCCAUGGUGAAGUUCCUUGGGGCCGGGACAGCGGCUUGCAUUGCGGACCUGGUCACCUUCCCGCUGGACACGGCUAAAGUCCGGCUGCAGAUCCAAGGAGAGAGCAAGCUGGCCGUCGCGUCCAUGUCGGCCCAGUACAAGGGCGUCUUUGGCACCAUCGCCACCAUGGUGAGGAUGGAGGGUCCCACGAGCCUCUACAACGGGCUGGUGGCCGGGCUCCAGCGCCAGAUGAGCUUCGCCUCCGUCCGCAUCGGCCUCUACGACUCGGUGAAGCAGUUCUACACCAAGGGCUCAGAGCAUGCCGGCAUCGGCAGCCGUCUCCUGGCGGGCUGCACCACCGGGGCGAUGGCGGUCGCCGUGGCCCAGCCCACCGAUGUGGUGAAAGUGCGGUUCCAGGCGCAAGCCCGGACGGAAGGCGGCAAGCGGUACCAGGGGACGUUGGAUGCCUACAAGACCAUUGCGAAGGAGGAGGGUGUCCGGGGCCUCUGGAAAGGAACGUCCCCUAAUAUCACUCGCAACGCCCUUGUGAACUGUGCCGAGUUGGUGACCUACGAUCUGAUCAAAGAUGCUCUUCUGAAAUACAACCUUAUGACAGAUAACCUCCCCUGCCACUUUACCUCAGCGUUCGGCGCCGGGUUUUGCACAACCAUCAUUGCUUCCCCCGUCGACGUAGUGAAGACGAGAUACAUGAACUCUGCCCCCGGUCAAUACGGAAGUGCCGUGAACUGUGCCCUGACGAUGCUCCGCAAGGAGGGUCCCUUGGCCUUCUACAAAGGCUUCACUCCCUCGUUUCUGCGGCUGGGAUCCUGGAACGUGGUGAUGUUCGUGACCUACGAGCAGCUGAAGCGCGCCAUGAUGGCGGCCCGCGGAUCUCGGGAGGCCCCCUUCUGAGCCAGCGGAGGAGUGCAGUUUACAGAUUUCUCGCGUGCAACGAAAACCCACUGCUUGGGAGUGUUUCUUUCCUGCCUCUCUAUCUCUCGGUGGAGUCUUCUCCUUUCCGGUCCUUGCGUCUUUUUUUAAUGUAUCACUUCUCGUCUUUAAUGUUUUGUGGCUUCUCUUGCUUGUUAGUCGGUCUCGGGGGUCCAUGCUGAGCCGGAACUUUUUUCCUCUGUGCUUGCUGGGGGAUGGCGGAGGAGGGACCGUAGUUUCGAGUAUCUUGAGCCGCCUUUUUUUUAGUUAUGUUUUUAAAAGAUAACUUGCUGCUUGUUGUCACCGCUUUCCCCCCCCCCCCUUCCCCGGGCAACAAAAUGUCGCCAUCCAGGAAACGGAUCUUAAGUUCUGAAGAAUUUUAGGUUUCGGAGGCUACAUGCGGUGUCCCUCAUUCUGUUUGUUAAUGGAGGCCAGGUGAGCGGUCAGCCAUAUAGAUUUUUCUUUUAAGGAACUCUUGAAAUCGGAAUUACGACUGUGGCCUCCCCCCACCUGUAGAGGUUGCGCUUUAAGCCGCGUCUCCCCAGCCCCACAGGUCGCAGAGCCCCAAAACCAGUUCUGCCUUCAGGGUCUUUCUUUGAGGGAAGGACAGCUUCGUGGCUCUCUUUAAAAAGCACAGUUUCUCGGAAGGACCGUAUAUGGUGGACAUUAUUAAAUUCCACUGGAACUUUCCCAUAGAAAAAUUGCCCUGUUGCAAAGGUCUAUGAAACCCUCGUAUCAAAACUCCCUUUAAAACAAAUCUAACAUUAAGGGAGAGUGGAGACGCCCGCCUCCCUUGGGGUGUCGGCCUGAUCCAGGGACUUUAACCGACCUCAUGCAUAGAAAUUUAAUAGUUAUUAUGUCAGGGAACUAACGGUGCAGUCCUGCGCGGAGAUAUUCCAGUCUAACCUGUCAAUUUCAGUGGGGUCUAGACCGGAACUCUGCAAAGGAUUGCGCUGUAAGCGUACAAACUCUGGCCGGGGACUUCUUUCAUUAUUUUAUUUUUUAUUUAUUCGAUUUUUAUCCAGCUCCUUUCCCCGCCAGGCAGGGAUGAGGGCUCAUUAUAUAGUCAAGUGACAUGAAAGAAGGUCUGCUUAAAUGUUGACACCCCCCCCCC